UCACUCACAUUUUGGGACUGGCGGGUCAGACCCAUCCUGAGGAAUUCGGCGCUCUUUGCCCAUAUAUGGGGAUUUUUAUUGUCAGCCAAUGGCGGAGGAGUGGGUGUGGCCCUGGACGUAGACACUGACUCAAUCAGAGGAAACUCACUCAGACAAACAGAAGAGGAGACAGACAGACAGACUGUGAACUUUGGAGAGAGGAGAGGAGCGCGCGUGUGUGUAUUAUCCAUCCAUCCGAAGGCCUUCCUCUAGAACGGGGCAGCAUGAGCAGUCAGUUUAACAAGGGGCCGUCCUAUGGACUGUCUGCAGAAGUUAGGAACAGGUUGGCUCAGAAAUAUGAUACUCAAAAGGAGGCCGAACUUAAAAUAUGGAUGGAAGAGGUCACUGGAAUGUCCAUUGGUCCAGACUUCCAGAAGGGAUUAAAGGAUGGUGUCAUCUUGUGUGAACUCAUGAACAAGUUAAGUCCAAACUCCAUUCCAAAAGUCAAUGUUUCCAAACAAAACUGGCAUCAGCUGGAAAAUCUCUCAAACUUUAUCAGAGCCACGUCUAGUUAUGGGAUGAAGUCUGUAGAUCUGUUUGAAGCAAAUGACCUGUUUGAGAAUGGCAAUAUGACCCAAGUACAAGUUGCUUUGCUGGCCCUAGCUGGAAUGGCAAAGACAAGAGGUCUUCAGAGUGAUGUGGAUAUUGGGGUGAAAUAUUCUGAGAAGCAGCAAAGAAACUUUGAUGACAAUACAAAGAAGGCAGGGCAGUGUGUUAUAGGACUACAGAUGGGGACAAAUAAAUGUGCCAGCCAGUCUGGCAUGACUGCAUAUGGGACAAGAAGGCAUCUCUAUGACCCAAAGCAUAAUAUCUUGCCACCCAUGGAUCAUUCCACUAUUAGUCUUCAGAUGGGAACCAACAAAGGAGCCAGUCAGGUGGGUAUGACGGCUCCAGGAACACGACGACACAUCUAUGAUACCAAAACGGGUACUGAGAAGUGUGAUAACUCUACCAUGUCGCUACAGAUGGGAUAUAACCAAGGGGCCAAUCAAAGUGGCCAAAGUUUUGGUUUGGGUCGGCAGAUCUACGAUCCUAAAUAUUGUCCUAAGGGAAAUCCUGAUGACCUACCGCAUAAUGAGGGUGAUGAACAGCAACAGUACAAUUACAUUCAUGAACAGGACUUUUAGAUGGUGCGCAUGCUGCACAACAGUUUCCAUUCCAUAUCAGACCAAGCUGCCUUCCUCCCUCCUCAAAAAUGUAGACUUUCGUAUUUUCUGUAUUUAAAUAUUGUUUUGCUUUUAAAAAAAAAAUGUUUUAAGUAUUAACGAGGAAAGGUUCUGAAGAAGCAAGUAUAUAAUACUGCCAUAUGUACAGAGAUCUGCUUAUGACCUAGUAAGUGCUUUAUUAAAGUUCUCAGGGGAGAUAGUAUUCGCCAUACCUCCUUUUUUGAAAAAAUCACAAAAUGGUAAAUCCUCUAACCUCAAAGGUGUCCUAUGGGAGCUAAAACUAUGCUCCUUUCCAGUGUAGAUAACCUGUUAAUGUCCACUCAGGGCACCCACAGUGAUGAGAUUUGUGCCCUAUCUUGAUUUCAGAAAAUGAAGAUUUGUGGCUAUUAGAGUGUGUGUGCACCUGACUAUCUAAAGUUUUUCUGCUGGAUUGUAUCACUGAAACUACAUUGAUCCCUAAGGCUGCAUUUACACCUGAGCGUUUCCUUUUCAGGCAGAAAGUCGCACGUUUGCGGCGAUUUUUGUACAGGUCAAAAGGUCACCAAUGUAAAAGGCGGAUCAAUGCCUGUAAUCUGCCCAAAAAGCAGAUUUUGAGCUGUACUUUUGAGGUUCAGGUUUUGUUUUUUGCUUCAGGCUACAAAACGCUCAGAUGUGAACAGGGAUCAUGUAAAUAAAUGGGCUUUUGCUUGGGUGUUUUUUUGGGGGAAAUUUUUUUUCUGGCGUUUUUUACGAGCUGAAAAACGCUCAGGUGUGAAUGUAGCCUAAGACUUCACACAGGCUUUCUGAUCUAUCUAUGCUCUAUGGACAGGUGGAUGUAAAUGAACUUGUGUCCUUUUACACCUGCCUAUCUCAGUCUUUCCAGGCCCGAAAAGACUAGAUUGGACGGCUUUUUUUUUUUUUUUUUU